CUCAUGUUCAAGAUGGCUGCUGAGGGCACGGAGGGGACUGAGGAUGGCAAUAACAGUCAGUUUAAUGAAACAACCAAGGAAUUUCUCUCCAGACCAGCUGUUGUGGAGCAGAUCAAUAUUGAAGGGUACUGGAGAACAAAGAGAGACAUUUUAAUUCCUGGCAUCAAGCGAUUGUUGGAAGCCUCAACUUUCAGUGAACUAAUGGAAUUGGCACUUGAGGCAAAAGAAGAUCUGAUGAGUCUUGGAGUGUUUCAUGAUGUUGAUAUGUUCAUUGAUACAAGCACAGAUCAUUCAUCAAACCCAAAUGGGUAUGAUGUGACAUUUGAAGUAAAAGAAAAAAGACUCAUGACCAGUAGUACAGGAACUCAAAUUGGUAACAAUGAAGGCAAUAUGAUGUUUGGUUGUUCACUUAACAAUGUGUUUGGACGUGCCGAGCAAGUUAAGGCAGAUCUCUCAUUUGGUACAAGAACUAGAAUGUCAUAUCAGGUAACUUUCUGCUGCAUUUGGAUUAUGGUUACAGCUGUAGUUUCUUUCUAUGGUCCAGCUCAACCCCCCUGCUUCGCAUGUUGGUUCAAAAAUACAACGCAGUGGCCGUGCAGAGCUCAAAACCCGAUUUCCCAAUCAAGAAUCCUUGUGCUGAAAACUACACCACUGCAUCUGUCAUUCAUGAAGAAAACGAACUUUAUCGGGCCUAAUUGUGAAGUUCUAAGCCCUUUUGUAUCUCUUGAGGAAUUCCAUGCACGGUGUGUUUGUCUUGUAGAUGAUUCUUUGGGAGCGGAUGCCUACUGGGCAGCAGGACUUCAUGUAUAUACCCCCUUGCCUUUCAGACCAGGACGGGGUGGUCUGGGAGACAGGAUCAAAACGCAUUUAUUUGUUAACACUGGAAAUCUGAUUGCAUUUGACACAAAUCUUCCAUGGAGGAACAGAUUUAAUUCGUUAAGAGAGAAGAUCCGGUGGUCCUGUGGAGCUGGGCUGGUUUUCAUGCUUGGUAUUGCCCGAGUAGAGUUCAAUUACUGUGUUCCUAUCGCAGCACAAAAUACAGACAGUGUAAACCAUGGAAUUCAAGUGGGUGUUGGAAUUAACUUCCUUUAACACUAUUGUCGGUCACAACAGAAAUUAUUUAAUGAUAGAAAUCAAGGAUUUGUUUAAAAGAUCGACCUUUGCUGAAAUGUAUCUACCAAGGGUCAAAACCGGUGUCUCGAGUUUUGCUUUUCCAUCUGUAAGCGAGGGAAAUAAAAAGGGACUUUGCUUAAGACAUUAGUAAAGAACCAGCUGGAAAAGAUGGUUUCAGGGUUAAAAAAAAGAUGACCGAUGGUAUAUUUUUUUCGCUUGCGCCCUCUCUGCGUAACGAAGCAGAACGCCACGUGUUCGUCCACCCUUUGAACUGAGGAAAAGCCCGUCAAUCAUUGUUACAGUGGAUUGUUUUCGCCGUUAAAAUAGUCGACGAAUAUUUUACGCAUUAUGCUGGUUUUGCACCGAAUACAUCAGUCAUUCGAAUGGAACAGUCAAUCAAUCAGAGGAUAAUUUCAAGUUAAUUUGGCGUGGUGCAACAAACCAUCAAGAAUUUAGUAACAGUAAAGAUCAAAUCUUUUUCUAUUGUUUUGCAAUAUUGUUUUGCGUGAGAAUACGUCUGAAAUUAGGGGUUUCCUCGAUACUUCUUGUAAGGAUUAUACAUAGCUUUACUUUAAAUAUUUAGAAUCAACUAGUCCAUU